AUGUCAAAUGUUGAAAUCGAAGAAAAUAAAGAAGAAUCAGAAUUGCAAAAUGCCGAUAUUAGUGCUGAAUUUAACAAAUUAGAAUCACAUAAACCUCCUUCAAAAACAUGCUCACGUAAUUCUCCAGUCGUGGAAUUUGAUGAUAAAAAUCAAAAUCGUUUAAAAAUUGAAUAUGAAGAUUUGAUAAACGAAAUUGAUAAUCAAAAUAAGGUUUUCAAUACACUUAAAAUGAAUAUUGUUGACAAAGCAUUAAAACCAUGCAAAACAGCUUACGAAAAGAAGGAACUAAGAAAUUUACGUUGCAUAUUAGAACAUGAAAAUAUUAAACUAUUAUGUCUUCUUCGAAAAGCAAUAUUAGUACAAGGGGAAGAUCCAACCAGAGCUUGGGAGCAUAUAUCAUUAGCAACAACUUUUGCCGAGGACAGUAUGCCGCUACAAUUGACAACUCUGGCUAGGAAAAAAACAACAUGUUCGUCAGAAGAAAAUUUGAAUAGCAAAUGUUUUCUUUCCAACAGUCGAAACAAACAGAUUUUGUUAAAAAAAUUAUUCACAGACCUUAAAUGUAAUAGAGAAAUAUUCGACGAUAAAGCAAACUUAAAAAAGAUAGCCAAAAUGCUAAAAAAUUGUACAAAUGAUUCUUCCGAAAGAAAAAAACGAAGCAGUAAAUUUAUUAAAAAACAAAAUAAAGAGUUGUAUCAAUCUGCAAAACAUGAUUCACAUACGGAAGAUGAAGAUCGUUGCCAUUUUGAAAAUGAAGCAUUACAAUCUGAUGAUGCAAUUCACCAUUUACAAAAUAAAAUUGAUUUACUUCAAAAUGAAUUGCAGUUCCUAUGCGAAGAAAGAAUUAUUGCUCUGAAAAAUUCUACAGUUAGAAAAGUCGAGGUCAAUGAAAAUAAAAAACUGCAAUCAUUAGAGCACAAUAUUGCUAUAGUUGAAAACUGCUUAAGCAAAUUGAAACUUGAAAUGUGUAAUUUGAAAGAGGAUCGUAACCAAUGCCAUGAUGCAAUUUCAAAAGGAAAAGACUCAAGUUUUGAAAAAGGUGAAGCCGAAGUAAAUUUUCUACAGGAAAAACUUUGCAAUUUACAGGCUGAAGCUCAAGAAUACAAAUAUUUAAUAAAAGAACAAUCGGAACAAUUAUUGGAGUACCAAAGUAAAUAUCUAGCUGCACAGCAAAAAGUUCAAGAACAAAAGUGUAUGUUAAGUAAACUAGAGAUGAAUAAUAAGAACAUUGAAGAUCAAAUCAAUUUGGAAAUUCGUCGUAUUAAAGAGAAAUUUCAAGAAAAAUUAAAAGAAUAUAUACAUCUCCCAAAAUUAUUAGAAAAUGAACAAUUAAAGUUGGCAGCAAUUUGUAAAGAAAAAGAAAGUUUGGAAUCUAAACUAAGAUUAGUAUGCAAAGAAUUGAAAAAUAUAAAAGCUUCAACGGUUCAUCAAAAUGAAUUAUCAGUUGAUAACAAAUGUAUUAUAGAACUAAAAAAACAAAUUGAAACUUUUCGUCAAACAAUUGACAUGCUGCAAGUUCAAAAGAAAAUUUUAGUUGAAAAACUUGAUAAAACUAAACAAGAUCUAGAUUUAUUAAGAGGAGAAUCAACAAAAAUCGUUUGCAAAACAAAAGAAAGAGCCGAACAAAUUCGUUCUGCUUUACAACAACGUUUGGACUGUGUAGAAAAAGAGUUAGCGCAAUGUCGAGCCAACGCUUGUGUAUCGAUUUCAGAUCGUGAAGAAAUUAUAAAACAAUUACAAUUGCAAUUAGAUGCAAUAGCAUGUAAUUUUGAAACUGCUCAAAAUCAAAUUAGAACAUUUAAAAAUCAAAUAACACAUAUAACUAAUGAUUCCAUGGAACACGAUUAA